AUGGCCGACAAGACGCCGAGGAGGCUGCCCAGCAGGAAGCCCUCGAACGAGUGGAAGCCUGGAAUUCUGGAGGAUGGGCUCGGCGUCAUCGGCUUCGACAAAGCCUUUGACGACCAUUUCCAGAUCAACUCCGAUCUCAUCGAGCAGGCGCUCGCCGGUGGUUUCCAUCCUUGUUGUGCCUCCUUUCCCGAUAAGAAGCAGCAGCCGGAAGCCUGGGGCAUGCGCGUAGACUUCCUCUGGAAGUUGUGGCUCUACAUCAAGGAGGACUUGACUGGCUACGCUGCAGCACACAAGGUGGACUCGGAUGGCCGGCACUACUGCAUCGUGAGCCCCUGCCUCUGGAGCCACGGGGAAUCUACUUCCACGUCGUCUGCCGCGGGUGCCCCCCCGUCGCGGCAGCUUCGGCAGAUGCGCGGGGACAUGCAUCUCGUGGUCCAGCGGUAUGUGAUGCCUUGGACCCGGGGAUUUGAUGCUGGCUUGGCACUGGUUUUAAAUGCCGGGAGCAUCGCCUGGUCGCGAAAGUGCGCAGCACCUUGA